UUUUCCCUGCAAUGCGUUCUUUCAUCCUUUUCUCAUCACUUCUCGUGGUCCUCGUUCAAUGUGGAUAUAGAGUUCCGGACACCUAUCCAACACCACCUCCAUCCUACCCAACUGCGAAGAAGUACCCAGUUGCGCCAACCUAUCAAAUGCCUCCCAACGAUUAUGCUCAGAAGCCUGCUUACUCAACUGCACCACCAACAUACCCAACUGAAGCUCCAACUUACCCAACUACAGCUUCCUACGAAACAACUCCUUCUUAUCCAGAACCAAGCUACCAAGUUUCAAAGAAGUACCCAAUUGCACCAACAUAUGAAACCACACCAUCUUAUGAAACAACUCCAUCAUACCUAGUUCAAAGUCACGCCGCAAGUAAGAAGUACCCAAUUGCUCCAACUUACGAGACAACACCAUCAUCCUAUGAUACGACUCCAUCUUACUCUGUUCCAAGCUACACCGCACCGAAGAAAUAUCCAGUGGCUUCCCCACCAUCUGACUAUGCCCAGAAGCCAUCUUACUCAGCACCAUCCCCAUCCGGAUAUACUUCUAACUUCGAGGCACCCACUGAGACGAAUUAUGCUCCAGCACCUGCUUCGUAUUCGGCAACAGCUAUGGAUUACACUUCAAACUCUGCUGGAUCUUAUCGUCAACGUGCAAAGGCUCGCACCGCCCAUAACCGUCAUUUCCAACGUCGUGCUCUUUCUCUCGACGCGAUUCGUAGAUUCCGUCACAGAAAGCAAUAGAAUUUGAAGUUCCAAGUCUAUCAAUUUUCAAGUAUCAAUUUACCACUGCCAAUUUUU